GGCAAAAUCUUCACCAAAACACAAGAACCGCCUAUUAUUAGCUUUUCAGGAUGCUUCAGCUCUCUGCCUUUUCCUUCAUCCUUUCACUGUCUCUCUUUUUGUUCAUUCUAAUUAAAGUGAUCUCUAGCAGACAUGGAACAAAAGGGUUCAAUCUAAGGUUGCCCCCAGGCCCCAAGAAGUUGCCACUGAUUGGGAAUUUGCACCAGAUGUUCGGCGAACUCCCGCACCAUCGCCUAAACAAGUUAGCCAAAACAUAUGGACCAGUUUUCUAUCUUCAACUCGGCGAGCUUCCCGUCGUAACAAUUUCCUCUCCUGAAGCGGCCAAGGAGGUCCUCAAGACCCAAGAGCUCGCUUUUGCCAACAAGCCACCGUUUCCAGUGGCCGAACUGACGAGCUACGACAACUCGAGCGUGUUCUUCGCCCCCUACGGAGAAUACUGGAGGCAACUCCGCAAGGUCUGCGUUUUGGAACUUCUGAGUGUCAAGCGCGUGCGGUCAUUCACAUGGGCACGAGAAGAGGAGGUGAACAGUCUCGUCAAGUACAUCGGAUCGUCGUUGGGUCUCCCUCUCAAUCUCAGCGCUAGGAUCUUCGCUUGCACGAAUUCCAUCAUUUGCAAGGCGGCUUUCGGCCAGAGGUGCAAGCAGCAGGACGAGUUCAUCUCGACGCUCGAGGAAGCCUUGAGGUUGGCAAGUGGGUUCGGCCUAGCCGAGCUUUUCCCUUCCCUUUGGUUUCUGAUCUAUAUUAACGGGAUGAAAUUCAAGUUGGACAAGAUAAAGCGGAAGUACGACGAAAUCUUGAAUACUAUUCUUGCUGACCACAAAAUGCAACGAGAACAAUGCUCAGUUAGGCCAGAAGAUGCGUCGGACAAAGAAGAUCUGGUCGAUGUGCUACAGCGUCUCCAGGAGUCUGAUGAGAUCGGAUUUCAUCUCACCACGGACAACAUUAAAGGCGUCAUCUUGGAUAUAAUUGCUGCGGGAAGCGAGACAUCAUCGACAAUGCUCAUAUGGGCGAUGUCGGAAAUGCUCAAGAGCCCGAAGGUGAUGGCCAAGGCGCAGAACGAGAUACGGCAGGUUUUAAAGGGAAAGGACCGUGUUCAAGAAUCGGAUAUCGAAGAACUCCAUUACCUGAAGUGCAUUAUCAAAGAAACUCUCAGAAUGCACCCACCAGGACCGUUGAUCCCCAGAGCACCGAGGGAAGGGUGCAAGGUCAACGGAUACGAUAUUCCUAUGAACUCGAGAGUCAUUAUUAAUGCAUAUGCUAUAGGGAGAGAUCCAAGAUACUGGACAAAUCCGGAGAAAUUCGAGCCCGAGAGGUUUGUCGAAUCUUCGGCGGAUUAUAAGGGGAUGCACUAUCAAUUCCUUCCAUUUGGAUCUGGUCGGAGGAUCUGUCCAGGCAUUGCAUUCGCAGCAGCCAGCAUCGAACUUAUACUUGCAUCACUGUUGUAUCAUUAUGAUUGGAAGCUAGCAAAUGGGCAAGCGCUGGAACAACUCGACAUGACUGAAGUUUUAGGUGCUACAGCUGGGAGAAAGGAUGAUCUGUAUGUAAUUGCUUCACCAUGUGCUUUGAUUUCACCUUGAUAAAGAAGGCAUGUGGAAGACCGUCCUUCAUUGGAAAAAUGUAUUAUUUAAAAACUUGUUGUGACAUUGAAGUGAAAUAAGAUCGAGGUUCUCCGUUGUUCUGAACCAAAA